AUGUCAACUAUAGGGAUAGCAUUCAAAAGAUUCUGGAAUAGUCAAACUGGUCCAAAAACUGUUCAUUUUUGGGCUCCUGCUUUAAAAUGGUCCCUUGUCUUUGCAGGUAUAAAUGAUAUAAAGAGGCCAGUCAAUAAAGUUAGUGGAACACAGAGUCUAUCAUUGAUGGCGACUGGUCUCGUUUGGACUAGGUGGUCAUUCGUUAUUAUACCAAAGAAUUACCUUCUAGCGAGUGUUAAUUUCUUCCUAGCAGGAACUGCAGGUUACCAAGUUAUGAGAUUGAUUAAUUACAGAUUAGAUGCAGGUGACUCUAUGAAACAAGUGUUCAAAUAUAUCAUUACUUCAAAACCAGAUACUGUUAACCAGAUUGAAGAUUCAAAAAAUGUUAAUAAUCGACAACAAAAUACUCAACAGAAACAGAAUGAAAUAACGCAUUAA